UCCGCGCCUUUUUCCGUUUCCACUCACUCCAAUCAUCAACCCCAUUCCAUCUCUCCUCUGGAAACUGGUCGCUCAUCGAUGAGCUUAUAGUUGCAACUGAACUAGAGCAGUAAUGGAGAUGCCAGCAGGGGAGGCACCGAGGCAGCUGCCGCCGGGUUUCCGUUUCCACCCCACCGACGAGGAGCUGGUGCUGCAGUAUCUCCGCCGCAAGGCCCUCUCGCGCCCGCUUCCCGCCUCCGUCAUCCCCGUCGUCCACUCCGCCUCCAUGCCCGACCCCUGGGACCUCCCUGGCGCGAAUGAUGGGGAGGCGGCAUACUUCUUCACCCUGCGGCAACCGCCGUUGAGAGGUGGUGGCGGGCGGCGGAGGAGAACGGCCAGCGGGCACUGGAAGGCCAUGGGGAAGGAGAAGCAAGUGUUCGUGCAGCUGCAGGGCCCGUCCGCCGGGUCCGGCAGCGGCAAGCGGCUGCUCGUCGGCGUCAAGACGGCACUCGCCUUCCACCGGGGUAAGGGCAAGACGCGGACCGACUGGGUCAUGCACGAGUACCGCCUCGCCGCCGCGGCCGGCGCGGCCGACCAGAAGAAGAGUCCCAGUGACUUGCAGAGUUGCGAAUGGGUCGUGUGCCGGGUCUCGCUGAAGAGCAGAGCAAGGAGGCCAUUAGCCGAUGCUGGUAGCGAGACGACCGCCGGGCACCGGGAAGAUGAUGCUGGCGAUCACCACCAGCCAUCGCCGUCGUCAAGCUGUGUCACGGACACUAGUCACGCUUCAGAUCACCAAGAAGAAGUCAGCAGCAGUACUAGCCAGUAGGAGCAUCAAAACGAUGCUAGCUCCAGCCUCCAACUGCAUGCUUAAUUCCGGCGGCGGUGGUGGCAGCAAGGCGCCAUUAAAUCGCCGUACCACGACCCGACGCUCACCGUGCACGGCCGCGUGCUCGCGGCCUCCGGGAUGUCGACGGUCCGCGCUGCGACGCACGCGUCAACGUCGGCCCGCCGCCAACAGGACAGUAACCCCGUCUGGCUGAAAUGCGAACCACGGAAAGUAGACGCCGGUGCCGCGCUGCCGAGUUCUCUCCGAAGGUGCCGGUAAUGAAGGUUCGGCUACGGCAGCCACCAGCCAGCGGCAUCGUUGGCCUCGGCGCCGAGAGGUUCCAUGUUCCGGCGUCAGGGACAUGAAGCGGCUCGUCCGCGGCGAGUUCAGCUGGAGGUGCACACGAGGUACUCGACAAAUUGAACGACAGGAAGACUACCGUGUGUGCUGACUUGUAACGGUCCCAAAUGGGCGUGAUGAUUUUGUGCCGCGUCAGAACUGACAGCGGGUCCCAACCGUUGGAAACUGACCAAUUAGAGCAUCUCCAACAAAACAAGAUGUAAACCAAAAAAAAACACUCACACAUUGGACA